AACGAGAAAGGAAAGGAACAUCCCAUACAUUACUUACCGUUUUAUGGAGUAAUGGCCACUGGAAAGCCACUUAGACUCGUCUAUGAUGCUUCAGCUAAAACAAAGAAUGCGAAAAGUCUUAACGAAUGUUUAUAUGCCGGUCCCAUGAUGCUCGAAGACCUUACUGGAUUACUAAUUCAAUUUAGAUGUCAUAAUAUAGGAUUAACUGCAGAUGUAGAAAAGGCUUUCUUACAGAUUGGAUUGAAUAAUGAUGAUAGAGAUGUAACUAGAUUUCUCUGGGUGAAGGACUCUGAAAAACCUGUCACUGAAGACAACCUCAUACAAUAUAGAUUUACUAGAGUUCCUUUCGGAAUUAUCUCAAGUCCAUUUUUAUUAAACGCAACCAUAAAAUAUCAUCUACAGACCUCUGAAGGAAAUUAUACCAAACAAUUAGCUAACAACAUAUAUGUGGACAACCUACUUACAGGCACGGGGUCAGUGGAUGAAGCUUUAGAAUUGUACAAUGAGGCAAAAGAUAAGUUCUUAGAAAUAUCAAUGAAUCUUCGAGAAUGGAGUUCUAAUUCAAAGGAUUUCAUAAAUCAAAUACAGGAUGCGGCACCAGAAACUAUAGUAAAAACUUUAGGUUUAAAUUGGGAAUUGAAGAAAGACUCACUUCAUCUAAGAGCCAAAGUAAUUAAGACCAACAAAGUUACAAAAAGAGGUAUUCUUAAAACUAUAGCGGCAAUAUAUGAUCCUUGUGGAUUCAGUGUACCCGUAGUAUUACCAGCCAAACUACUUCUUCAACAAUUAUGGAAGGAAAAAGUCAAAUGGGACAGCUCACUAUCAGAUGAAAAGAGACAAGAAUGGGUAAAUAUUCUAGAAGAUCUUAAAGCAAUAGAGUCAAUACGUCUACCAAGAAAUAUGACUAUUCCUAAUGAAAGAAAGGCACAAUUGCAUUGUUUCGCAGAUUCUUCGACAGUAGCCUACGCGGCCGUAGUAUACUUGGUACAAAAGGAUAACAUCCAGUUUGUAAUAGGUAAAUCACGCCUUGUGCCUGCCAGGAAUCAAGAAAACCUAAAAAUACCGAAACUUGAACUUUUAGGCGUUUUAAUUGGCAGUAGACUCAUUAAAUAUGUCCUCAAAUUCUUGCAAAUGGAUAGCACAGAAACGAUAUUAUGGACCGAUAGUCAGAUCGUAAAAAGCUGGUUUUAUUCAGACAAACUGUUAGAACCGUUCGUAUCUAGAAGAAUAGAAGAGAUAAGAAGUAAUAAAAACCUAAUCGUGAAGUAUGUUCCAUCUGGACUUAAUCCAGCAGAUGUUGCAACACGACCGAGUACUUCAAAAGAAGAGAGAAAUAAGUGGUUGGAUGGACCUGCCUUCUUACGACACGAUCCAAAGGCCUGGCCCAAGAGCCCAGGUAUUGAAGUUUCUCUUCUGUUGGGGGAGGGUCUGUCUAACACAGAAAAUCAUCAAAAAGAUAAAACAUUGCCUACCAAAUCAAAUCCUGUAACAAACUCAGAUCCUCAAUUACAAGAAAUAAGACAGUUACAACAAACAAUGUUCCCGGAAGAAGUGCAAGGGAAGAAAACGAGUUUAGCUCGCAACCUAGGUUUAUUCUGUGACACAAAUGGAAUCUUACGAUGUGACGGUCGUCUCACAAAUUCAGAUUUAUCCUUCAACGCAAAACAUCCCAUUCUCUUACCGAAAGAAUGUGAAUUCACAGAAAAACUCAUAAAAGAAACUCAUGAAAAGAAUCUCCAUGUAGGAGUACCUCACACUUUAAGUCUUAUACGUCAGAAGUAUUGGAUACCUCAAGGUAGAACUGGAGUCCAAAAAACAUUAAGUAAAUGUCCAAGAUGUGUAAAACACGGAGGAGGUCCGUAUGAAUUACCCAAGACUCCUGCAUUACCGGUAGAGAGGGUGAAGUAUACGACUUCAUUCGCUUACACAGGGGUAGACUAUUUUGGACCAAUGAUUGUGAGGACGGAAAACGGUUUAAAGAAAAGAUGGAUCUGUCUGUUUACGUGUCUUGUAAUAAGGGCGAUACACCUAGAAGUCGUCAAGGAUCUGACGACUAACGAAUGCCUCAUGGCAUUUAGAAGAUUCAUUGCUACAAGAGGAGCUCCGACUCUUAUAUUAUCUGACAAUGCCUCGCAGUUUAAAUUAUUGGGAGAAGUAUUGUCAGAAGAAAGAAAUUUUAUAACUAACAUAAAAUGGAAAUUUAUUCCACAGCUCGCACCGUGGCAUGGUGGAGCUUAUGAAAGACUAGUAGCAAUUGUAAAGCACUGUUUAAAGAGAACACUUCAAAAACACAUGCUUGAAGACAAUCAACUGUUAACCAUAAUUAAAGAAGCAGAGGCGGUUAUUAAUACUAGACCCCUCACAUAUGUGGGAUCAAAUGUAGAACACAUACUUAAACCUGCAGAUUUCCUAACGACAGGAAAGUGUUUAAGUAUAGAAAUACUCAUAGAAAGUUUACCACUUUCAGGUUCACUUAUAAAACAACAACUUAUUGAAGGUUGGAAUCGCGGAAACAUGAUAAUGGAUGAAUACAAAGAAAUGUUUAUUAACCAGUACUUACUUAGUCUCAGAGAAAGAUAUCGAAAUUCACCUAAACAAGCAAGGGUGAGAUCUCAGAAAAACCCAAAGGUGGGAGAUAUAGUACAAAUAAAGAGUGAAGCUAAAAAUAGAGAAGGAUGGAAGGUAGGAAAGAUUUCAGAAUUAAUAAAAGGAAAGGAUGGAUUGUGCAGAGUUGCAAAAGUAAAAGUAGGGGACAGUGUGUUCACAAGAUCUAUUGCACAUUUGUAUCCUCUAGAAGUGGAUGAGGAUGUAUCAUUCCAAGAUCCUACAAGGGAAUCCCUAGUAAAUGAGGAUAAAACAGCAUACUUUGACACUGAAGAUCUCCCUCAGACCUUACCUUUAAGGACUAAAGAGAGUAACACGUACGUCCCUACCUGCACAAACGAUUCUAAGGAAGAUCAUCACAUAUUAAAAGAGACAAAUGAAAACGACUUGACAAUGGACCAAGGAGAACUGUUGGAAGGCACAAAUUUGAUACAAAACAGGGAAAUUGCUCCAGAACAAGUUCCUUCUGGGUCAGAAACUGAUAUAAAUAAUGAAGAGUCGUCAAAUCAUCAAAUUGUAUCGACUGAUCAACGUCGAGCAGCCGCGGUCCAGGCUAUGGAAAGAAUCCAUAGAUGGACACAAGAAUUAAUGUCAGCCAUUAAUUAAGAUCCAGAGGGGGAGUGUCGCGAAGUACGCGAUGAUUGUAAAUAAUAGACAGCAACACUUAAGCCCGGAAACGUAAAAUAAAGAACAUGAAAUUUAGUCUAUGGUCUGGAGUAGAACGUGGUCUAUGUUGGCCGCUGGCGUUGGGGAGCGCUGGGGAUCUUGAGUCACACCGAGUCCAACUUAAUUAAGGUAAGGAUGACAAUAUUCCUCUCAUACUACAGAAGCCUCAAUUACAAUAAUGCCAUAGUAUGUCUAUCAACCAAUCAAUUAACUAAAUCAUAAAGCGAAGCAGAUAUUUAAUCCUACUGGGUUAUAGUUAUUGUUGAACCAAGGCAAGAGUAAUUAAAGGAAUCUUGGAUUACAAUGUUAAUCAUUAUAAAUCUUUAUGUAUUAAAUUCAUCCCCUUUG